AUGAGUAAUGUAAAUUGUGUUUCGCUUUGUAAUACUAAUACUCAACAACAACGUCAUCGUACAACUCCUUCACAAGUCCAAUUUCUUGAAAAUUAUUUUACAACUGUCGAUGAUUUUCCCGACUCAAAUAUGAGAGAAAAAAUUUCCUCAAAAUUAAAUAUGCCUUCAAAAAGUGUUCAUAUUUGGUUCCAAAAUCGUCGUGCAAAACGUAAACAAGAAGAAAGGACUCGUCAAGAACAAGUUAUUCGUUCUACACGUAUUAAUCCUAUUUCUUCGUCGUCGUCGUCACAACAACCUGUACACUCAAAUUCCCAUCAUGACAGUAAACUUAACGAAUAUAAUAACAAUAUAUCACGAAAACCCACAAAACAUGUGAAUUGGAAAAAUUACCAUGAAACUACUACUCCUAAUCAUCAAAGAAGUCUUCAAUCGCUUACUAGUGUUUCUUACAAACCUCCACCACUUUCAACAAUCACAACGACAUUUCCAUCAUCUUUGUCACUUUUAAAUAAUACCCCUUUACAUAAACUUUCACCUUUAAGAAAUGUUAAUUCAGACGAUCAAGUUUCAUACGGAAAACAAGCCGAAGGUUCUAUCACCUUACCACCUUUACAUCACAUUGUACCACAAAGAUUCUUCGGUAUAAAUGACGACCCCCUUCCUACAGAUGGUUUUUACUCAAAUUUUGGUAUAAAUGAAAAUUUACAAAAGAAAAUAUAA